GUUCUAACAGACAAAUAUAAAGAUGCAGCUGCAGUCGAGAUCUUUGCUCUGUUUCGUAGUGCUCGCCAUAUGUGGACUCUACUCGGAUGCCUAUCGUAUACUGUUUAUGGGUCCGUUCCCAGCGCCCAGUCACUGGAUGUGGCUGGAGCACUUUCAACGGGAUCUCUUGAAGCGAGGACAUCACGUGACCAGCCUCAACAAUCAUCCCACAAAGACACCACAUGAGAAUCUCACUGAGAUCAUACUCAAUCCCAUCUUUGAUAUACCCAAGCACUUUCCCAAGGAGAAUCUGUUCACCAUGCGCUAUGCCAGCGAUUUUCAGAAUCUGCAAAUGUAUUGGAAAAUAGGUCAAUUGACCACGGAACACGCUUUGCAGGACCCGCAAGUGAAGCGACUGAUCGAGAGCCAGGACGAGCAUUACGACCUGGUCAUACUGGAGCAAUACUUUCACGAGGCCUUCCUGAUGUUUGGCCACAAGUUCAAGUGUCCCGUGGUCACAAUCGGCACCAUGGGCUAUGCGGACAACAUGGACCAUGCCAUGGGCAUACUGACGCCCUGGUCGUUUAUCCCCCAUCUACUGCUGUCGCACACGGACAAGAUGAGUUUCAGCCAACGCGCAUACAAUUCGUAUCUGUCCCUAUAUGAUGUCGUCGUUAGGCGUUGGUACUACAUGCCACGCAUGCAGCGUAUAGCCGAGAAGUACUUCGGGUCGGUCACCAAAGGUGACUUUCCCAAUGUGCUAGACUUGGAGCGAAACAUUUCUCUGAUGCUGAUCAACAGCCAUCGCAGCGUCGAUCUGCCACGCCCCAGCAUGCCAGGGCUGAUAAAUGUGGGCGGUGCACAUAUACAGCCCGUCCAGAAGCUGCCAGAGGAUAUACAGAGAUUUAUGGAUAAUGCCACGCACGGAGUGGUAUACUUCAGCUUGGGCUCGUAUAUGAAGAGCACGGAUAUGCCACCGGAGAAGACGGCGCAGUUCCUCCAAGCCUUCGGCAGACUGAAGCAGCAGGUGCUGUGGAAGUAUGAGAAUGCCUCGAUUGGCCAAUUACCGGCAAAUGUGAUGAUAAGGAAGUGGAUGCCACAGAACGACAUUCUGGCACAUCCGAAUCUCAAGCUGUUCAUCACGCACGGCGGCAUCUUUGGCACCCAGGAGGGCAUCUACUGGGGCGUGCCGAUGCUGUGCAUUCCCCUGUUCGGGGAUCAGCACAGGAAUACGAUCAAGUCCGUGCGUGAAGGAUAUGCGCGUUCCAUGAAUUUCGCGCAGUUGAAUGUCGAGGAUCUGGUGAGCAACAUCGAGGCGUUGAUCUAUGAGCCCGCUUACAAGCGUAGCGCCUUGGAGAUCUCCAAGCGUUUCCGCGACAAUCCGAUACAUCCUCUGGAGGAAGCCAGCUAUUGGAUAGAGUACAUCAUCAGGCAUCGCGGAGCGCUUUUCCUGAAAUCACAGGGUGCCCAAAUGCCGCUCUAUCAGUAUCUGCUGCUCGAUGUGAUUGGCUGCGCUCUGCUCCUCCUGUGGCUGGCCGUGUGGCUUCCCUGGCGCAUGCUGCGCAAGGUCUACAAUUGGUGGGCGCUGUCAGCGGCGACAGCGCAAAAGCGGGAAACUAAGAAACGUCUGUGAAAUCU